GCGCGGGUUCCUCACGCCAGACCCUGCCGGCUCCUGCCCUCACUUCCGGGGUUUCCAGGCGACGGCCGUAAGUGGCGGGCGGAAGUUGACCGCUCGGCCCGCCGUAAACUGUUCCUUCGCGCCACUUCCGGCCGGCUUCCGUAGACGGCGCUGCUGCGCGAUCGUGAGGCGCGGGAGGUCGUUCCCCGCGGCCGGAGCCAUGGAUAUGCCGCUGCCCCCCGACGUCAUCUGCAAGCAGCAGGCACCUGAGCUGGAGCCUCCCACCGCCCUGCCCCCACUGCCGCAGCCCCCCUUGGCACCUGCUGCGCCCGUCCCUCCGGCCCAGGGCGCCCCAUCAGUGGACGAGCUCAUUCAGCAGAGCCAGUGGAACCUGCAGCAGCAGGAGCAGCAUCUGCUGGCCCUCAGACAGGAGCAGGUGACGGCGGCUGUGGCCCACGCUGUGGAGCAGCAGAUGCAGAAGCUGCUGGAGGAGACGCAGCUGGACGUGAGUGAGUUCGACAACCUGUUGCAGCCCAUCAUCGACACGUGCACCAAGGACGCCAUCUCGGCCGGGAAGAACUGGAUGUUCAGCAACGCCAAGUCCCCGCCGCACUGCGAGCUGAUGGCCGGCCACCUCCGCAACCGCAUCACGGCGGAUGGCGCGCACUUCGAGCUGCGGCUGCACCUCAUCUACCUCAUCAAUGACGUGCUGCACCACUGGGCCCUGACGCGCGGAAGGUCUCUCCCUCACAGCCAGCGCAAGCAGGCGCGGGAGCUGCUGGCCGCCCUGCAGAAGGUGGUGGUGCCCAUUUACUGCACCAGCUUCCUGGCUGUGGAGGAGGACAAGCAACAGAAGAUCGCCCGGCUCCUGCAGCUCUGGGAGAAGAACGGCUACUUCGACGACUCCAUCAUUCAGCAGUUGCAGAGCCCAGCCCUGGGCCUCGGCCAGUACCAGGCCACCCUCAUCAGCGAGUACUCGUCAGUGGUGCAGCCCGUGCAGCUGGCCUUCCAGCAGCAGCUCCAGACGCUGAAGACGCAGCACGAGGAGUUUGUCAGCAGCCUGGCGCAGCAGCAGCAGCAGCAGCAGCAGCAGCCGCCGCAAGUCCAGCUGCCCCAGCUGGAGGCCGAGGUCAAGGCCACGCCACCGCCACCGGCACCACCCCCGGCGCCCGCGCCCACCCCGGCCAUCCCGCCCACCACCCAGCCUGACGACAGCAAACCGCCCAUCCAGAUGCCUGGCUCCUCGGAGUACGACACCACAGGGGGUGUCCAGGAUCCCGCAGCCACCGGCCCCCGGGGCCCUGGGCCCCACGACCAGAUCCCACCCAACAAGCCACCUUGGUUCGACCAACCGCACCCUGUCGCUCCCUGGGGCCAACAGCAGCCACCCGAGCAGCCCCCGUACCCGCACCACCAGGGCGGCCCGCCCCACUGCCCGCCCUGGAACAACAGCCACGAGGGCAUGUGGGGCGAGCAGCGCGGGGACCCCGGCUGGAACGGCCAGCGCGACGCACCCUGGAACAGCCAGCCCGACCCCAGCUGGAGCGGCCAGUUCGAGGGCCCCUGGAGCGGCCAGCACGAGCAGCCGCCCUGGGGCGCCGGGCAGCGCGAGCCGCCCUUCCGCAUGCAGCGGCCACCGCACUUCCGAGGGCCCUUCCCGCCCCACCAGCAGCACCCGCAGUUCAGCCAGCCGCCGCACCCCCACGGCUUCAACCGCUUCCCGCCACGCUUCCUGCAGGACGACUUCCCCCCGCGGCACCCCUUCGAGCGGCCGCCCUACCCACACCGCUUCGACUACCCGCAGGGCGACUUCCCCGCCGAGAUGGGGCCCCCUCACCACCACCCCGGCCAUCGCAUGCCUCACCCUGGGAUCAACGAACACCCGCCCUGGGCCGGGCCCCAGCACCCUGACUUCGGCCCGCCCCCCCAUGGCUUCAAUGGGCAGCCCCCCCACAUGCGGCGCCAAGGCCCGCCCCACAUCAACCACGACGACCCCAGCCUGGUGCCCAACGUGCCCUACUUCGACCUUCCUGCUGGGCUGAUGGCCCCGCUCGUGAAGCUGGAAGAUCAUGAGUACAAGCCGCUGGACCCCAAGGACAUCCGCCUCCCUCCCCCCAUGCCACCCAGCGAGCGGCUGCUGGCCGCCGUGGAGGCCUUCUACAGCCCGCCCUCGCACGACAGGCCCCGCAACAGUGAAGGCUGGGAGCAGAAUGGCCUUUACGAGUUUUUCCGAGCCAAGAUGCGCGCGCGGCGGCGCAAGGGCCAGGAGAAGAGGAACAGCGGGCCCUCCAGGUCCCGGAGCAGAUCCAAGAGCCGCGGCCGCUCCUCCUCGCGCUCCAACUCGAGGUCCUCCAAGUCGUCGGGCUCCUACUCACGCUCCAGGUCGCGCUCCUGCUCCCGCUCCUACUCGCGCUCCAGGUCCAGGAGCCGCAGCAGGUCGCGCUCCUCCAGGAGCCGCUCGCGGUCGCGGUCUCGGUCCAGGUCCAAGUCGUACUCCCCAGGAAGGAGGCAGCGCUCGCGGUCCCGGAGCCCCACGCCGCCCUCCUCGGCGGGUCUGGGCUCCAACUCAGCGCCUGCCGUGCCUGACUCGCGGCUGGGGGAGGAGAACAAGGGCCACCAGAUGCUGGUCAAGAUGGGCUGGAGCGGCUCCGGCGGCCUGGGCGCCAAGGAGCAGGGCAUCCAGGACCCCAUAAAAGGGGGGGACGUGCGCGACAAGUGGGACCAGUACAAGGGCGUGGGCGUGGCGCUGGACGACCCCUACGAGAACUACCGGCGCAACAAGAGCUACUCGUUCAUCGCACGCAUGAAGGCCCGGGACGAGUUCUCCACGUUCGGGGCACGCAAGGAGGAGAAGGAGGACUAGGCAAGGAGGCCCGACGGACGUGAUGGCCGGCCCCGUGGGGACAGGAGCAGCGCCCCGCCUGCGCGGCAGGGUGGGGGCGGGCGGCGUCCCUGGGUCCCGCGGCGCCCUGUGUUCCUUAGUGGGCCGCACUGCUGCCCCCCACACCGCCCUUGGUCUCGGGAGAGGAAGAGGAGGCACCGCUCUAGGCGGGGACCCGGCACCAGGCAGCCUCCACGCCCAGCCGUGUCUGUGCGGCACCUGGGGAAGUUCUUUUGUAUGGGGCACGGCGCUCCCCGCCACUGCGACCGCCACCUCCGCGUGGUGUUUGGUUUGUUGUAGUUUCCUGUAGCUGUGACUCGUUCGAGUGUGUCUGACCCAGGACGAAACACACACAUGCUGUUCACACUUUUUGGUGGAUUUUACUGUUUUGCUUUCCAAUAAAGCCCUUUUCUAAA